AUGGGGAAACUCGUUCGUCUCGAGCUGUUCAAUUUCAAGUCCUAUAAAGGGCACCACAUACUUCUAUUUGGGGACUCGUACUUCACAUCCAUCAUUGGACCUAAUGGAUCUGGAAAGUCCAAUUCUAUGGAUGCGAUUUCCUUCGUACUUGGUAUCAAAUCAUCCCACCUACGUUCGGCACAUUUACGAGAUCUUGUGUACCGCGGUCGAGUCUUGAAGACAUCCAAGAUCAACGACGAUGGGUCUGCCGCUACUCCAGCGACCAAUGGGCACGCGAAUGGCGAUGCUGAAGGCUCAGAUGGCGAGUCGCAGUCACAGAAGCCGGCGCGCAAUGAUCCCAAAAGCGCAUGGGUUAUGGCAGUCUAUGAAGACGAUGCGGGCGAUGAACAGAAAUGGAAGCGCACAAUCACAAACCAGGGCGCAAGCGAAUAUCGCAUCAAUGAUCGGAUCGUGACUGCCCAAGGAUACAAUGAAGCGUUGGAGGCGGAAAACAUCUUGAUCAAAGCCCGAAAUUUCUUAGUCUUCCAAGGAGAUGUUGAACAGAUUGCUUCUCAGUCGCCGAAAGAUCUCACACGGUUGAUCGAAAUGGUUUCGGGAAGUUUAGAGCACAAGGCUGAGUACGAGCGACUUCAAGAAGAGGCAGAACAAGCCGCCGAAAACCAAAACUAUAAUUUGCACAGGCGCCGUGGCAUCAAUUCGGAAAUCAAACAAUACCAGGAGCAGAAGAAAGAAGCUGAAGCCUUCCAAAACAAACAAGAUGAGCGGGACCAUGCGAUAGUACAGCACAUUUUGUGGAAACUGUAUCAUUUUCAACGUGUCAUGGACGAGUCCAGUGCGAGCAUUGGAGAACAUCAAGAAAACUUGAAAGAAUUUAGAAGGGGAGUAGAGAAAUAUGAAAAGCAGCUGGAGGACGCUCGGCAGGCAGCACUAAAAGUCACCAAGGAUGUAUCCAAAGUUGAGAGAAACAUCAAGAGGAAGGAAAAGGAAAUUGAAGAGAAAGAGAACAGCUUAGUCCCUAUUGACGAGAAAGCCGACUACACGAACAGCCAGAUUGAAAAACUCCGGAGGAGGCUUACUGCGCUUACGAAAGAACGCGAUGAGAACCACACGAAAAUGCAAGACUUGAAGAAGCAACUCGUCACUGUUGAGAAAGCGCAAAAACAGUUCCAAACGCAAUGGGAGGAAAGCUUGAAGAAGCAGGGCAGGCAACUUAACGAAGAUGAUCUUAAGGAGUACAAUAUUCUCAGAUCUCAGGUCAUUACCAAGACCUCCAGCAAUCAGUCUCAACUUGACAAUCUCAUCAGGACCAUGAAGACCGAUGAAGUAACCUACAACAGUUUAAAAGGAAAGGUGGAACUCCACCAAUCAUCGGUUGAAAAGCUUCAAGCAGAGAUCAAAUCCAUUGAGGAGCGGAAAGGGGCCACUAAGAGUUCGGUGAAAGAGAUUUCAGGAGAGAUUGACACGAAGAAGAAGGAGUUCAACAAUAUUCAAUCCGAGCGUGUCCGUGUCAACCAGGCUAGAACAGAGCUGGAUGAAAAGCUACAUGAGGUUCUAAAAACCUUGCAUGAAGCCACAGCAGGUCAAAGACAGAGCGACAAGGAAACGAGAACUCGUGAGACAUUGGUAUCAUUGAAGCGCAUCUUUCCUGGUGUUAAGGGUCGCGUUGGAGAGCUUUGCAAGCCGAAACAGAAAAAGUACGAUGAAGCAGUCAUCACAGCGCUUGGUCGAGAUUUUGACUCAGUCGUCGUUGAAACAGAGAAGAUUGGCCAAGAAUGUGUCCAGUAUCUCAAGGACCAACGGUCACCACCCAUGACCUUCAUUCCUCUUGACAACAUCAAGGUCACAGCCGUGGAGUCAAACCUCAAAAACUUGAGCAAGGCACGACUUACGAUCGACACUAUUGACUUUGAUUCGUCACUAGAGAGGGCAUUUUCAUAUGUUUGUGGAAGUUCGAUCGUGUGCGAUGAUUUGCCUACCGCGAAGGAGAUCUGCCAUAAGAGAAAGAUCCAAGUGAAAGCUGUGACUUUGCAAGGAUACAUCAUACACAAGGCAGGUUCUAUGACUGGUGGUAGAGGCCCAGAGGGUGGGAAGAAACGGAAAUUCGAGGAUCAAGAUGUGGAAAAUCUCAGAAAGCAGCAACAAAAGCUUCAGACACAAAUCGAAGCGCUGCCAAAUGUCAGCCGUAGGGGAUCUGCAGAAGAGACUUUGCAGAAUGAUCUUAACGGACUUGAACAGCGUCUCUCGUAUGCAAAGAGCGAGCUGGCAGCAUUUGAACAAAACCUUGCCAGUCGCAGGAAAGAGCUGACCCACGAGAAGCGUCAACUUGCUGAAAUGGAGCCCAAGUACAGAGAGAAAGAAUCAGAACUGGCUUCAAUCAGAGAAAAGGUGGAGGAGUUUCAGUCUGCUGUUGCCAAGGUCGAAGACUCUAUCUUCAAAAAGUUCUGCGAGAGACUUGGUUACUCGGAUGUUCGAAGAUAUGAGGCGCAGCAAGGCACCCUUGAACAAGAAGCUGCUGAGAAGAAGAACGAGUUCGAAGUCCAGAAGAAGCGAUUAGAUCAGGCCCUGAGCUGGGAGACUGCUCGGUGGAGGGAGGUAGACGGCAGGGUAAAGAAAAUGGAGGCGCAAAUCUCCACUUGGUUACAAGACAUUGAAAGCUACAAUGCCGAAAAGGCUGAACUCGAAAAUGCAAUUGACGUGGACAGAGCUCAUCAGACUGAAAUGGAAGAUGAACUUCAGAAACAGAAGGAGAAGCUGCUUUCGAAGAACGAAAAGGUUAACGCUGCUCGGAACGAACUCCACAAAAGGAGUAAGGAGAUUGACAACCGUACCAAGGCCAUCACUGCUCUAGAAACCGAAUUGCAACGUAACAGCGCCGGUAGAUACGCUUUGCUCCGUCGCUGCAGACUUGAACAGAUCACGAUUCCUCUUACUCCAGAGUCUAAAAAGCUGGACAGUCUGCCAGUAGAUGAAAACCUACUACAGACCGAUCCUGACGAGAUGGAUGUAGACGAGGAGGAGGGGACUGUAGAAACGGCAGGGCCUGAUGAUGACGAUGUUGAAGAACAACUUCAGCAGAAGAUCGCAGACCUCAAUUCAGAACUCGAGAAACUGAAUCCAAAUAUGCGUGCAGUCGAUCGACUGGAUGGCGUAGAGGCACGUCUAAAGUCCACAGAAAAAGACUUCGAGGAUGCGCGAAAGAAAGCCAAGCAAUCUCGGGACCAAUUCAAUGAGGUGAAGGAAAAGCGAUUUGAGUUGUUCAACAAAGCUUUCACACAUAUCUCGGAGCAGAUAUCUCAUGUUUACAAAGAUCUUACUCGGUCUGCUGCGUAUCCACUUGGGGGUCAGGCGUACCUGGAUACCGAGGACGGUGAUUCUCCUUAUCUCUCGGGUAUCAAAUACCACGCAAUGCCUCCACUGAAACGCUUCCGAGAUAUGGAACAUCUAUCAGGUGGCGAGAAAACCAUGGCUGCUCUAGCUCUUCUCUUCGCUGUUCACUCCUAUCAACCUAGUCCUUUCUUUGUGUUGGACGAGGUUGAUGCAGCUCUUGACAACGCCAAUGUUGAGAAGAUCAAGAACUACAUUCGGGAACAUGCUGGCCCAGGAAUGCAAUUCAUUGUCAUCAGUUUGAAGACAGGAUUGUUCCAAGGCAGUGAGAGUUUGGUAGGUGUUUUCAGAGAUCAGGAAGCUAAUAGUAGUAAGACUUUAACACUUGAUUUACGUAAAUAUGUUUAG